AACAGCUGAGAUCAGCACAGGAACGUCUCACAGCCAAAGAGCAGGCUCUAGAACAAACAGAGGCAAGACGCAGAACUGAACAGGAUGCGCGAGUCGCAGAGCUCAGCCAGCAAAUGGCCGACGCGCAGCGGGAGCUAUCCACCACCCGGGAAAUGUGCCGGCAAGCCGCUCUGAAGGUUGAACAGAGCAUGUCAGGCCUAUCCGUCAUGGAUACCGAGCUCCGCGCCGCACGCGCGCAACUCAAGACCGCUAGCAGGGACCUGGCCCUCAAACACGCCCAGCUGGAGGCUACGGAGGGCGAGUUGGGGCUCACACGCAGCCAGAACGAGCUCAUGAAGCUCCGGGAGGCGGGGCAGCAGCUGGAGGGAUACAUCAUGGUCAGCAGGGGCCGCAAGAAUGCUGCCGCCGCUCACCACGAUUACGACUAUGACGACACGCGCCAUAGCCGGGCGGAUUUGGAGGAUGACCUGGCAGCCGCGGCGACAGCGGACUGGGGCCGCUUGUGA